AUGGCUAUUUUUUUAAACGUCGCGGCAUUAGCUGCAAUUGUUAUUCAACUGGUUACAGCCUCCCCCCUCAUGGAUACCCUCCUGCAAAUCCCCGAAUUAUCUACCUACGCCGAGGUGUACAACCUGACCGGUGGUAUUGUAGAGAUCAAUCCAUUGUUUCUCAAACGCUACAACUACGACGAAGACAAACGUAACUACACGUUCCUUGCUCCCACUAACGAUGCAUGGGCCAAGAUGCCCGACGCCAUCUUUGAUAUCCUUAUGACCCAAGAAGCCUACCCCUUAACCGAGGCCCUCCUGCGCACACACAUCAUCGAGGCUGGUCUCACAGCUUCCAAUCUUGUCAAGGUAUCUGAAAGUGAGGGUGCAGGAGGAAUCUCUACCUCACUCCAGGUGUCUAAUACUACCGAGCAAUACCACAACGGGGUUCUGACCAAAACAGUCCAGGGCUACUAUAUUGACUCCAUCACUUCCAGCAAAUGGCACUUGACGGCAAAUAUUGUUGCAGACAAUGGUCUGAUUCAUGCAAUUGACCAGGUCAUUGACCCUUUCCUGAUUUAUGGUGGUGGACCUAGCAAUCGGACAAUUGCACCGACAAGUGAGACAACAGAUCUGACCAUUGGAGAGUUACUGAAGAGUGACUCGCGCCUUGUGAACUCUUCGAAGAUUCUAUUUGAAAACUCCCCAGAUACGUUGCGUCGGUUGUCGAAACAGACCGGCAGUAUGCAGUUCUUCGUGGCCCCACAAAAUGAGGCCUACGACUUGAUGCCUACUAUCCUUCCCAUAUUUCAUACCCUUGUCGCGCCAUAUAAAAGCCCAUUUAAUACUCUGAUGUGGCAAUAUGGCUGGCUUGAUAGUGAUGGCGAUACCUUUGCGGGUCUAAAUUUCAGUAGUCCGGUCACACUAGCCAGCGACGUAACGGGGCUGAAUAUCACAGUCACCCAAGAAGAGGAUGCCGUCUUCAUCAUGAAUGCAGGUCUGGUCACUCAAGUGAAAGCAUCCAAUGGGUAUCUGUGGAUUGUGGAUCGGUGGUUGGAUCCCUUGUAUCACGCCUUUGGUCCCAUCGACCGAUUUGGCACACCAGAGUGGCCGUGA